AUGGAAAAGGCAAUUAAAGAACGAAUUGAGAAAUGGAAAAAAGAAAAUUCAGUCGAUGGUAAAGAAGUAACAAAUGAAAAUGCAUAUGAAAAUUUGACGGAACUAAUAUUAGAUGGAAAGAAAUUUAGUGCAAUAAAAAAUGAAGAUGUAGAAUUAUUAAAAAAAUUUACUCAUUUAGAAAGAUUAAGUUUGAAUCAAACAGGAAUACAGACCUUAGAAAAUUUCCCCAAAAUAGAAACUUUGAAUGUGUUAGAAUUAACGGAUAAUCAUUUAAGUACAGUAGAUGUAUUAAAAUAUAUAGUCGAAACGUUUCCAAAUAUAAAAACGUUAGAAAUAGGUGGAAAUCAUUUUAAAAAUAUCAAAGAUUUUGAAGUAUUAAAGGAUUUAAAAAAUUUAAUUCGCCUAGGUGUACAAUUUAACCCAUUUGCUGAUGAUCCAAAUUAUCGCAAGGAAUUAUUUACCUUUCUACCAGAUAUUAAAAUUAUAGAUUGUUAUAACAAAGAAGGAGUUGAAGUUUUAAGCUCUGAUGAAGAAGAAGAUGAAGAAUAUGAAGAAGAUAAUACUCUUAAGAACUUUUAUGAAGCCGAUUUUAAAGAAGAAGAUGAAGAGGAAGAUGAAGAAUUUAUUCCAAAUGAUAAUGAGGAUGAAGAGGAUGAUGAAUUAGAUGAUGAUUUAGAGGAAGAAGAAUUAGAUGAUUUAGAUAAAGCAGAUUUAGAUGUAGAAACAAAAGAUACAGAAAAUCCACAGAAAGAGGAAAAAACAAAUAAAAGAAAACAGGAAUCUGUAGACAGUUCUAAUGAAACGGACACAAAAAAAGCAAAAGUCGAAUAA